AUAUAAAGCUUCCCAAAAUCUCAUACAUCUACUUAAAGAGUGAAGUAGAAUCCAAUCUUAGUUCCUAGAUGUGCAAAGCAAAAAUGGGCAACCUUAGUCUUCUUUACUUGGUACUAAUAAUCUUGUCUUCUUAUCUUGCCGGUACAGCAGAGUCUUCUUCCUUUCCCUCAAACUUCAUCAAAGCCUCUUGCAGAGCCACCCGGUACCCAUCCUUGUGCGUUGACUGUCUCUCCGCCUAUGCCAACUCAAUCCAGCAGAGCGAGCGGCAACUGGCCGAGGUUGCCUUGUCCGUCAGCCUAGCCAAGGCUCGGUCGGCCGCGAUGUUCGUGGUGAAGCUGACAAGAUCGGGCAGAGGGCUAAAGCCAAGGGAACUCCAGGCGGUUAAAGACUGCGUGGACACCAUGGGCGACACCAUGGAUGAGCUAAGGCGUUCCAUCCGGGAGCUGGGGCGGGCGGCGGGGCGAGUGCCGAGCCAGGACUUUGUGUGGCAUGUGGGCAAUGUGCAGACGUGGGUUAGCGCUGCUUUGACCAACGAAAACACUUGCCUUGAUGGGUUUGCCGGGGCGGCCAUGGAUGGGAACGUGAAGGGGGCGAUUAGGGCCAGAGUUCUGAAUGUUGCUCGAGUCACUAGCAACGCUCUUGCCUUGGUUAAUCGCUUUGCCGCAAGACACAGACCCGGCGGCGGCGCUGCCACCCACAACGGCGUUAACGUUCCUUGAAUGAAGUUAUUCCGAUCUGCUUUUGAGCUAAUUAACUAGCUUUUAAGGUGAAGUUAGAAUUUGGAUAUGCUUAAGUGCCUACUUAGCUUGUCAGUUUGCUAUAUAUCUUGCUGGUUUUUGUGCAUAAGUGUUAAUUAUAUUGGUGUUAAUCUUGUUGUCUUAAUGUACUGGCCGGGUAUAGUGUGGUUGAGUACGUGUUGUAUGAUCAAUUUUGUAGCCACCAAAACUUGUGCACCACAUCACCGUGAGUCCGUGACUACGGUAUAUGUAAAUGUAAAGGAUUGUUGAUUGCUCAUGGAACUAUAUAUGUAAGGUAUCUUUGUUGUCAUAUAUUGUGCAUUAUUAUGUGUUU